AACUCGUUCUCUGUCCCCUCCCCUGUUUCUGUGAAUCAUAAAUACUCGGCCCACCCAAACCUUAUCUCUCUCUCCUUCUCAGACGCCCAAAAAAUACUCUGUUUACAGACCUUUAUCUUCCCUCAAUCUUCUUCUCCUCCUCCUCUCGGAGGAGCCUCCUGUGGCGGCCCAAGGCGUUGUUGGUGAGAUCUCCAAAAAAAGAGACAAAGAUGAAUAGGUGCGCUUACGAGCAGAACGCCAUGGCAGGUUGUGAGGGGAUGAAGAUGGUGGAUUCAGUUGUGUGCCCAAAGCCACGUCGUUUGAACCUCAUAAAUCCUUCCCUUAACGACUCCAUCAGACCCUUCAGAUAUUUCAACCAAUCGGAAAUCGGAGAUUCUCAAGCAGGGUCUGAACUUCUGGAUUUUCUUCUCACCAAGGGAAAUUGUGAAGAGAGAUCCAGUAACCCACUGGCUUCAUCGCCACCAUUUUUCUGUGGGUCUCCACCAAGCAGGGCAUCAAACCCUGUAAUCCAAGAUGAGCAAUUUGGCAACAGCAGCAAGAUGGCUCCAUUUUUUCCAGCACCGCCGUCUUCAUUGUCUGCGCGCAACGGAGGGUGUGUUCGGAUGAAAUCAGGGGACAAGCCUGCUGCUGUGCGCAUUGAAGGGUUUGAUUGUCUUAGCAGGGACCGCAGAAACUGCAGCAUCUCUGCUGUAGCUUAGGCAGUUAUAGGCUCACCCAAGAAUGAAGAACCCUGUCUCUCAUUAUCGAAAAAGCAGAGUUUUGUGAGAGAGGGUGCCUUGGGAUCAUCAUCAAGAGGAGGAGGACGCACAGGUUUUUUGGGGUCUUUGAGUUGAGUGUGUAAUUUUUGUAUAUACAAGUUAAAGUCCAAUCUAAUGUUAUUUCUGCAGAGUUUUUUUGUGUAAACUCAAAGAUAUGUAUAUGUAAAUUAAGGUGAUGGGAGAUGUUCCAUUUUGAGGAAUAAAAGGUCUUAAGAAUGAGAGACAGUGUGGGGGAAAGGGGCCAAGUCUUUUCUCCCUCGCUCUCUUUCUGGGUAGAGAUGUUUUGGUUUCUUUCAUAGAAGUGGUCAGCCAUCUCUGUUGGGAGAUGGUUGGUAUGUGACUUUUGUUUGGGAGGUUUCAUUUCAUGGGACAAGCUUGUAAUCUCCUGCUGAAUACUUUUGUUUGGGUUCUCAUAA